GUCUGACGCAAAACAGUCGUGUUCGCCGGCCGACAAACACCACAAACUUGAAGUGAAAUAAUUGACCCGGCAAAAUUAUACGAUGUGCAUUUACAACUAGAAAAUUGACUGUAUUGUUAUGAAGUGUUGUUGAGCUAAAUAUUGCAAUUUAUUUUGUGAAAACGGACGUCAGUGAUCAGUUGAAAUGACUGUGCCGCCGGUCCCGCAGUUAGUGACGGAACUCAAAAUCACGCAAGAUGAUCAGCCCGCAAAAUGCUCCGUUAAAUCCUGGUGGUGCACUUCAUGGCGAGGAAUCAUAUCAGAGUUACUUUCCACCAUGCUGCUGGUACUAUUCGGUUGCAUGACAUGCUUGCCUAUCGAAGGAAUCAACACUGCGAUAUACCCGCCAUUUGGAUUUGGGUUCGUAGUCAUGUUAAAUAUUCAGAUUUUUGGACACAUAUCUGGAGCCUACAUGAACCCGGCGAUAACUUUAGCAGCAGUUAUUUGGGGAAGUGUUCCUAUUACAGUUGGAGCAAUAUACGUAGCAGUUGAAUGUAUCGGGGCUGUUUUGGGAUAUGGAAUAUUGAUGGCACUGUCUCCAAUGGAUUUGGCAGCAUCGAGCGUGUGUGUAUCGAUACCUUACGCAGGUUUGAAUGACCUUCAGUCACUGUUUAUUGAAGUGUUUCUGACGGCGACGCUCACUUUCGUAAACUGUGGUGUUUGGGACCCAGUGAACGCGAGCAAACAAGAUAGUGCUCCGAUAAAGUUUGGUUUGACGAUCGUUGGGCUCUCGCUUGUUGGAGGUCCGUUGACUGGCGCGAGCAUGAACCCGGCCAGGACUCUGGCGCCCGCAGUCUGGACCAGUGUCUGGGCCCAUCAGUGGAUAUACUGGAUUGGACCAUUCGUUGGGAGUGUAUUCGCAGUUAUCAUUUAUAAGAACAUCUUUUUAAGGAAACGCCAAGGUGAAUAAAGUUCAUCAACGACUAAAGUGGAACUUUCGUGCGUUGCUUAUUUGCGUCCAUAGUGAGUUAAAUUUAAGUAAAAUGGGUAUGUGAUUCUGAUAAUACUGCAAUCUUUCUUGACAACAAAAGAUUCGUAAACUAAUGAUUGUAUAAUUGUUAUUAAGAUUUAAUGAUAUAAUAAUCGCUAUAGUUAGUCGCUUUGAAAUAUAAUACUCUUGUAUUUGAUAAGUUUAUCUAUGUAUAACUAUAUAAUUAUGUACAUAAUACUUCAUGAAUAAUUAUAAUCCGUCAUGACUGGGUUUUUACGGACUCUAGAACAGUUUGUAUGUGAACUCAAUUUUUUGCCGGUUUCCGUGUGAUGAGGUAAAUAUCCAGUUGGCUUAUUAAACACUGAGUGUUAGGUUCAGCAAAAUUUUAAUUAAGAAUACUUGAAACCAUGCAAUUAAGUAGUUAGUUGGCUUUUCCUUGUGGCUUAAAUGCCUUUAGUGUCAAAACUAUACAAAACCUAUUGGAUUGAAACGUAACACUGCGGAAAUAUUUCGUAGCAAAUAUAUGUUAAAACAUAUAUAUGUUAAAACAUAUAUUUGGGUUUAUGCGUUAAGUUUUAUUACCUUUUGGCGAAUUUCGAUAACAAGCAGUCUUAAAUUAAAAAUUCAAUGCGUGUAUUGGGUUUAGGCUUACAUUUCUGGGCACCAUUUGUAUGUUUACAUCGGUGUGCAAACGCGCCAAUGACCUCAAAAAUAAGGAAAAGGCAGGUACCGGACUCGCACACAUUAUCUGCACCGAUCUUAUAACGCUUCAAGACAGGUUACGUAUGUGACCAAUCUAUUACCUACCUACUCAAUGUGUUAUAACAUGUUAUGGCAGUUCAAUGACCUCUGUACACUUUAUUGCGAUGUAUAGAAAGUGUCUAUGAUGGUGCGAUAAAACUUUUUUUACUUUAACUUGUAUCUUUUUCGGUAAAAAAAGACUAUGCAGCACGCGUUCAUAUGUAUAUAGGUAGUGCGUAACGUACAUACCUUUCUGACGCACACACGAAAUUGAUUCAAUUUGUGGCGUGAACCAAUAGGGCGUUCUAAAGUCACGUGCUUUUUAUAAAGUGUUGGGUAGCUCGAUGUAGCGCCAAUAGUCAAUAGCAUAGUUAUAUGUUGCGUAAUGUCGCCUAUUCAAAAUAUUCCUUUCUAUAAACUUCAUCUUAAAGAUACAUCUACAUUGGCAUUCAAUUAUGUCAGUGUUUGUAUGUUUUUGUAUUGCAAUACUCUGUUUAUGUAAACUUUAUAAAUAAGUAGGUACAGUCGUGGAAUAAAAAUGUUAAACAAUUUUUUGGUUAGAAAAAUUAAAUUGGCCUAGAGCCAAUUUAAAAUUCUUUCAUCAUGAGUUCAUCAUUGUCUACAUCUCAUUGUCAUGAGAUGUAGGUACCCAUUACCCAUAUAUAAUUCAUGGGAGGCAUCCAGUCUAUCCGGAUGCACUUGCGUACCAUAGCUUCACAUGUAGCCUGCCUAUGCCGGGCAACCCGAUAACCCUUGGUCAGACUGACAGACUUUUGGCUUCUGUAAUAUUCAAUGCAAUAUUCUAAAAAAAGUAUAGCCAUUUAAUAAAUGUAAUACUUUCCGUUUUAUUCCACGACUGUACCUUCUGCUCUCGAGAUACUUUUUUCAUGCACAGGCCAAACAAAUAAAUUACUGUGUAUCCUCAUUAAAAUUACAGUCAUUGUGUUUUUACUCUAUAGUCACUUGAAGUUAAGUGUUUGCCGACCGUCAUAUUUUGGCCCAAAACAAAGUUUUUCAUUAUCAUUUCUGUGUACCCAGGUAUAUUACAACUAUGACUGUAUAUUUUUUGCAGUAGAUACACGCUGAAAUUGAAAUGUGUAUUAAUAUUUAAUUUGUUUUUUUUUUUUGUGAGACAAAAAUGCUGUGAUUUAAAUAGGAAUCAUAUACUUAUGUUGAAAGUUUUAUUGAUAAUUUUAUCGGUCAUUAUUGUAAAUGGUUCUAAAAGCCCAAUCGGUAUAACAUUUGAAGAACAUUAAGCUAUUUCAAAAAUAAAGGUUGCUAUUACAUUAUAUUUAUAAUAUCCAGUACCUGUUAAAACUGAUUCUAGCUUUAUUUCAAUAGAACAUGAUAUCUAAGUAAGCUAACCCUACACUAGGCAAUUACCAAGCAAUUAAUUAAUUGAAUGAUUCAAUUUGCAAUAAUUGAAUGAGUGUAAAUAAAACGUGCGAACCAGUAAAUAAGUAGGACGUGGGUGGCUGGUGUAUUGUAAUGAAAGAACAAUAAUUUUCUCUGUGUUUGACAUUGAAAGAGUUCAUUUUUUUUUGCUCACAGUUACUAUUAAUUGAACCUGUUUAACUUGUUAGUAUUUUACGUUUUGUUCGAAAAAAAGUCUUUCCUAAUAUAUUGCAAAUACAAAUUAUAUAUGUAAAUCAAAUGUAUUGGUGCCGCUCGCGGUGAGAUAAUUUGAAUCCACCGAAAUACAGGUCAAUGUGUUACUAAUUCUAUUUAGUUUGUAAAUAUAGAAUAAUGCUAGUAUAAAUUGGAACUGUUUUGUUUAAAAUUUAAUUAUUAAUUCAUAGAAUAUAUACUCGUAGUUUUCGAUAAAUUAAUAAAUAUUGUAAGUACUAAUUAAAUUCGCAUUUCUAUGAUACUAGUCCGAUCAGAAAUAAUGCGGCUCAAUAAUUGUUCUGUUUUAUUAGUGUUUUACACAUAGUUAUAACUAGUUAUUUAAUGUUUUAAUGUAUACAUUAUGGCAAGAUCCCACCAAGAGCGCACAUUUGUUCGCGCACAAAAAAUGUGAACGCGUCGUCGCACAAGUCCACAGAUAGCAUCUAUUCGCGCACAAAGUUUGCACUUUCGUGAAUAUUUUAGAUUUUUUUAUUUCUAGCUGCCAAACGAAUGUCGAAGAAAGAUAUGUUGCGCACAUAGGUGGAAUCUCGCCUUUUCCUAACACGUAUCAAAUUAAGUGGUUAUUAAUUUAUUUAUUUAUUUGUUAACUUUUAAUUAUUUAUUUUCUUCUCGCAAAUACAGUAUGGGACAAG